GAAGAAGAUCAAACACGACACAAGUCCUCAUGACGCCGUGAGCAGCAGACAGCUGGAGAAGAGCUCAGAUUCGAGGUAAAAAUGGCCGUGGAGAAGCGUCUGGCAUUCUCUAUUGUGCAGUUCCUUCGAGAUCAAACGCAUCGCGGCGCCUUGAACUCUGACGAGCAGGAGAGCCUCGAAGUUGCGAUUCAGUGUCUGGAGACGACCUUUAAGAUCAGCGCCAGUGAAGGUCACCUCGCCGGGCCCCAGCCUCUGAGGGAGAUGUUCAUCAGCUCCCUGCUGAAGAAUGACAACAUCACCGUACCAGAGACCUGCCCCUCUCUGGAGGACGUUGAACGAGCAGAGCAGCUGAAGAACGAAGGGAACAAUCACAUGAAGGAGGAGAACUACAGAUGUGCAGUGGAGUGUUACACAAAGGCCAUUGAGCUGGACCUGAGAAACGCUGUGUACUACUGCAACAGGGCGGCCGCUCACAGUAAACUGGGGAAUUACACGGAGGCCACCGGUGACUGCGAUCGAGCCAUUGGGAUCGACCCCUCCUACAGCAAAGCCUACGGCAGGCUGGGCUUGGCGUUGACGGCCACGAACAAGUACCCGGAGGCAAUUACCUACUUCAAGAAAGCUUUGGUGUUGGACCCCGACAACGACACCUACAAGUCCAACCUGAAGAUAGCGGAGCAGAAGCAGAAGGAGGCGACCAGCCCGAUAGCUGCAGGACUGGGAUUCGACAUGGCUAGUUUAAUCAACAACCCCGCCUUCAUCAGCAUGGCCGCCAGCGUGAUGCAGAACCAACAAGUGCAACAGCUCAUGUCAGGAAUGAUGUCCAACGCGGUCGGGGGUCCGGCAGCGGGAGUGGGCGGGCUGUCGGACAUCUCCAGCUUAAUUGAAGCGGGACAACAGUUCGCCCAGCAGAUCCAGCAGCAGAACCCGGAGCUCAUCGAGCAGCUGAGGAACCACAUCCGGAGCCGCUCCUUCAGCGGCAGCACCGAGGAGCACGCAUGAUCCACUCAGUUUCUCAUUUAAUUUUUUUAAAACCAUAAGCCGCGUUUACAAUCUCUACACUCCAUUUCUUCAAAUCCAAAAUGCCCGGCGUCGCCGGAGAGAAGAGGAGGACGAGGACGAGGACGAGGAGGAGGACGAGGAGGAGGACGAGGAGGAGGAGGAAGACGAGGAGGACGAGGAGGAGGAAGACGAGGAGGAGGAGGACGAGGAGGAGGAGGAGGAAGACGAGGAGGAGGACGACGAGGACGAGGAGGAGGAAGACGAGGAGGAGGACGAGGAGGAGGAAGACGAGGAGGAGGAGGACGAGGAGGAGGAGGACACUUCACCGUGACCGGAGGCUCUGCAGGGGAGACGAAGGCCUCCGAGAAGCAUCCCACAAGUCGUAUACGGCGUAAACACGUAGUAAACACCUGUGUUUACGCCCCCCCCCCCCCCCGAUGAGGUGUUUACACGUAGUAAACACCUCAUCGUAAAAAGAGAACUCAGCCAUCCCGCCACAUUCUGCAGAGAUCGUGUUUUACAUGUGCUGAGAAUACCGUCCUGGUCCCGGCUCACGUCCAGGAUCCUGGUCCCGGCUCACGUCCAGGAUCCUGGUCCCGGCUCACGUCCAGGAUCCUGGUCCCGGCUCACGUCCAGGAUCCUGGUCCCGGCUGACGUCCAGGAUCCUGGUCCCGGCUCACGUCCAGGAUCCUGGUCCCGGCUCACGUCCAGGAUCCUGGUCCCGGCUCACGUCCAGGAUCCUGGUCCCGGCUCACGUCCAGGAUCCUGGUCCCGGCUGACGUCCAGGAUCCUGGUCCCGGCUCACGUCCAGGAUCCUGGUCCCGGCUCACGUCCAGGAUCCUGGUCCCGGCUCACGUCCAGGAUCCUGGUCCCGGCUCACGUCCAGGAUCCUGGUCCCGGCUCACGUCCAGGAUCCUGGUCCCGGCUCACGUCCAGGAUCCUGGUCCCGGCUCACGUCCAGGAUCCUGGUCCCGGCUCACGUCCAGGAUCCUGGUCCCGGCUGACGUCCAGGAUCCUGGUCCCGGCUGACGUCCAGGAUCUUGGUCCCGGCUCACGUCCAGGAUCCUGGUCCCGGCUCACGUCCAGGAUCCUGGUCCCGGCUCACGUCCAGGAUCUUGGUCCCGGCUCACGUCCAGGAUCCUGGUCCCGGCUCACGUCCAGGAUCCUGGUCCCGGCUCACGUCCAGGAUCCUGGUCCCGGCUCACGUCCAGGAUCCUGGUCCCGGCUCACGUCCAGGAUCCUGGUCCCGGCUGACGUCCAGGAUCUUGGUCCCGGCUCACGUCCAGGAUCCUGGUCCCGGCUCACGUCCAGGAUCUUGGUCCCGGCUCACGUCCAGGAUCCUGGUCCCGGCUCACGUCCAGGAUCUUGGUCCCGGCUCACGUCCAGGAUCCUGGUCCCGGCUCACGUCCAGGAUCCUCCCGUCUGGAGGGCGAGGGAGGAAUGGACUUUUACGGCGUUGCAGGGAACAUCUUUUUGAUCCACAUAUCGCCUCUCGUGUAAUAUUUGUAAUAUUACUUUGUUUGGGAACUCCCAUCGCCGCUUUUUCAUCGAGUUUCACCAUCGAUGAAGACAACCACGUCAUUGUAUCGCAGUGUUUGCAGCCUGCAUUAUGUUGUUAUGGCACUUUAAAAGAAAAUAUAUAUAUAUAUAAAUAUCUCCCCUUUAAGCAUAUUUAAUUGUUCAUGAACUAGUAUACUUUGCAUGCUCUUAAAUCUGGUAUUUGAGAUCAGACGCGUUAUGGAAGUAACCUGACGAGGGCAGCACAACGUUUAGUCUGAGAACAUGUGAAUAAAUGUCUUGAAAUGGAACGU